AUGGGUCCCAACUUCAAGGGGGCAGCUGCUGUUUGCCUCAUGGCGCUAUCUGGGUUCCAGCAGGUGACAGCAGUAACAGCUCCAAAAUUCGCCGUUGAGGCUGCAGGCGAAGAUGCAUACAUCUCCGUUAACUUGGCCCGCGUCGGCCAGAUGUCUGUGAGGAUCAAUCAAUUGACAAAGGACGACGGACUCAUUGAAGGCCUACAGGAAACACUUCCCGGGGCAGAAGCGUUGCGGGCAGUCACUACGUGUGCGGAAGCCAUCUCAGAACUCAAGAAGCAGAAAACAUUCGUCGCACAAUUCAUAAAGGAUGACGACAAGAACUAUCGCCAGUCGGUACAGGAAGCCCUUACCACUGGACUUAAACAAGUGGAAUCAUAUCCGACAACAGAUGCUAAAUGGCAGGACUUCUGGGGAAAUGUCGACGGCGCCAACCUCGCAAGCCUUCUCUGGUCUAACAGCACCAAGGUUGGCUGCGCCGUUGGAAUAUGCACUGAAGGCACACAUGAUACCAGAUCUACAACAACAAAAGCAGCAUUUCUUUUCUGUCAGAUGAGCCCUGCAGCGGAGGAGAACAAGGCUCCCUUUGACAAGGAGUAUUACGAAGCGCUCACUGAACGAAAAACAUUACUGACAGCAAUGACUGAGGAAGACCUCAAGGCUCCUGUCAAGGGUGCUGCAGCUGCUGCCGUACCCUGCCUUGUUCUAGCUGGCUUAUAUGCCAUCGUGGCAUUUGCCUCUGCAUAG